ACAUAUAAUUUCUCAACCAGAAACAGAUGCUUAUUAUUAUAUCAUGAUAGUUUCGGAACCCCAUGUGGCAUUUACCAUUACUGCAAACUUACAAGCAUGUUCAUUAUUAUGGUAUCAUAACAAAAAUAAAAUUAAUCAGUUACCUACAAGUGAUGAACAGCUUUCAGCAACAACAAAAUCUCUAUUGUCAUUGCUGAAUUUAACUCAAGGACAGAAAAGCAGGCGGCAUUUCCCAAAAGGGGAAGAAAUUGAUAUGCAGAUAUUGAUGUCGGAAUGGGAAUUGGCUGAUGGCUGUCUUCCUAUUAUUCCACUUACUAGGAUAAAACAUGCUCAAGAUUUUUUGGAUUCGUUUCUUAUUCAGGGCCACGAUUGGUUUUCUUCUUGGCUAAGUAUAACGGAUAUUUUUCCAAUAUUGAUAAAAUUUGAAUUGCUUCCUUUUAUUGACAUCGGCGGUACAUUACAAACUAAAAUUCAUCUGGAUGGUCUUAUCAUGAAUUUAACGUCACAAGUUGUAAAAGUAAACAUGUGUAUUCAUCAAGGUAGUCCUCCCGUUUAUCGUGACGGCAUCAUUCGGUGUCGUCCGGAUUACGGGAUGACCGUCGCAUCCAACGAAAGUUCCACCGUUCUCAAGUAUUUCCCUUUUCCGCAACCGGGAAUGUGGUUUAUUUCGUUUUCUGCAUCAUGUUACAAUCAUACCGGUGCAACAGUUUCGGAACCGUGCGAAGUGGAAAGAGUUAUGGUAGAUUUACGUAUACAUCUUCAGCCUUGCGUUUUUGAAGGAACACCGUGUGGAGAACACGGCUAUUGUCAAGAAAAUCAUUUUCGUCAGUUUUAUUUCAGUUCUUGUCAUUGUCUUUCAGGAUGGCGAGGAUGGGGCUGUACCGACGACAGAAACGCUUCCAUGCCUUCUCUUCUCUUACUCAAGACGCUGCUUUUGACACUGAGUAAUCUGUUUUUCGUGCCCGCCGUAAUUCUGGCCAUCAAACGAAGAUAUUAUACCGAAGCGGUGGUCUACACCGUCACCAUGUUCUUUUCCACCUUUUAUCACGCCUGCGACGUGGACAUUUUCAGUUUCUGCCUGAUGAAGUACGAAGUGUUGCAGUACUGCGACUUUUACUCGGCCAUCUUGUCGUUCUGGGUGACGCUGAUCGCCAUGGCCGAUCUCCCUCAGACGUUCAGUUCGAUAGCGCACAUGAUCGGUGCCUUAGGAAUCGCUCUGGGAGUGGAGUAUCAGAGAACCGGAAUCUGGGUCUUCGUCGUACCGGUCAUGACCGGAAUCGUAAUCAUGCUGUUCUCCUGGGGCCGCAAGUGUUACUACUCGAAGGCGUGUUUUCCGGUGAAGAUCAAGUGGCUGCUGAGUCUGCUUCCGGGCACCGUGCUGGCCGCCGUGGGACUGAUUCUCUUCGCAUUCGUGGAGACGGAGGACAAUUACAAGUACGUGCACAGCGUCUGGCACGUGGUCAUCGCUCUGUCCGUUAUAUUUUUUCUACCCACCGAGCGCGUUCCUCCUCCUCCGGCCGCCUCCUCCAGAUGCAACGGCGAACAAACGAUAUUCCACCGCAAGACCGUGACCGACUCGGAGCUGACGGACAUCGGCGAGUACCGCCUCAAUUCCGAUCUCAGUUCUCUCAUCGGCGAGUUGAGAUAGGGCCCCUCCCCCGGCCUCAAUCAUUUCCAGUCACCAAAGAACAUCAAACUUUUUUUAAUUUUAUAUAUUUAUUAUAUUAUAUAUAUUUUUAAUUGUUUUCGUUUUUCUAGUUAUUUUCUUUUUUAUUCUAUUUUCGUAACCCGCCCAGGGAACGUCUCUUUUCGCCCGUCCCCGGACGAAUUUAAAAGAUUUGAACGACGGGAGGGAGGACCGCGCCUCCUGGCCCGACAGGAUUGGAAAAAAUUCCGACGAAAAUCCAUCCGGACCGGGCAUUAAAUGUAGGGGUGGACUUAAAGGCGCGAGGGGGGAAGAGAAAGGAGCGUUCGGGAAGGCGGGUAACGGAGGAACGGACGUGGCCCCGGUUCCGUCCGUUUCCCGCGCCACCCGGGAGUCGAUGGUUUUCGCGGUUCGAAAAGAGAACGAAAAAUUGCCGAUUUCCCCCGACUCGUUCGGCCGUUGAUUUACGGUGGCGGCGAAUAAAAGGCAAUAGGCGGAAGCCCGGGCCCGUCUCGGAAACUUACCGAGGAAUGGGAAGAAUAAGCUUUCUGUAGCCUUCCUUUCCCUGGGAAUUUUAAGUUUUUCCGCCGUAAGACCUACGUAUUCCGAUCGUUUCGUCGGUGGCUAAAGCCUACCGAAACGUUUCUUGGUACUCGCCCGACGUAUUUUUGAAAUUAAAACUUAUCUCCGCUUUCCGGCGCUCGGCACCCGGGCUUAAAUCCGCACGUUCCAACCCCGUUUACGCGCUUCUCGCCGUUACGCGUUAAAUAUUUUCUGCUCCCUCGUACGGUACCUUUCCGGGCGGCGCCGGAGGUUCCCGUCGACUCUACGUCCCGGACCGGAAGUUUUUUUAAGUUAAAAUGCCAGUGAAAGUACGGCUACGGCGCGCUAUAAGCCAUUUGCCGGCGGGACGGUACGCUUUCGUAUUUAUUUUUUCGUAACCCGCGGCGCUUCUGCGCUUUAAAGCGCCAAAGACCGACGCGGCCCGCGGUUCCGGGCGGAGGAAAAAAAGCGAGAAAAUGCGCUCGACGUUUUAAAAGUACAGUACGUACUGUACGUCGUUCGGACUUAUAGGCGUAGCCAAUGGCCAGCUCUCGGUAUUACCGUAUUUGCGUUAAGGUGCGCGACGUAAUUUAAGUGUAUAUAAUCGGUCGAUAAAUCGUGCGGGCGGGCGCAAAUACCGCGGUAUUAAUCGACGGGAAGGGCGACAAGCGCUAAUAAUAACCGGAGUUUCGGUUAAGAAUUAGGCGGGCCCCCUCCGGACAAUAAACGAAAACCGUCGACGAACCGGACUUUCCUCCCCUCCGUCCACCCGAAGGACUACCGGCGGUGGGGGCCACCGAGAAGGGAUACGUACUUUCCCCGCUCCGAAGCGCCGUUUUCCGUCGGGCAGAUUUUUUAGGCGGGGAAGAAUCCCCACCCUUAAAUUACGCCCGGUCCGGGUGGGAAAGGAUUACGUCGUCGGGCCGGAAAAAUCUAGUCGAAGAAACACCGGCCGGACGGUUACUGCGUUUACAUUUGUUAAGUUUUACGCAUUUAAAGAUUUAAUUAUCGGACCCCGGACCUUCGUCGUCUACGUCCUCCCGCCUCCCUUCCCUUUUUGUAGAACUCGCCACCCGGGCGACCGAGCCCUCGAUCCGGAACGGUCGACCCCGUGGAAAAAUUUAGGUUUCGAACGCGGCCGGCCGUUUCUACUUAAUCGGGCCCGCUACCCCCUUCUUAGUUCCGGCUACCUCGGAAGGUAACGGGUUCCGUUUAAUCGUAGGCGCUCCGAUCCACCUACGAUUAAACGGUAGAUACCGGUACCGUAGACCGCGCCGGCCCAAAGGUGGGAAACUCGCCCUUUAAAUAGGAAAUUCCUAGUUUCGGUACGGUCGACCGCGGCCCUCGGCCCGGAAGGAAAGCGCGGGUUUUUUACAAAAACCUCAGGCGAAAGGGUUGGAGAAAGGCGGCGGGAGGUCGGAGGGGAGUAGAAACCCGGUGGGUCGGGGGUGGAGCGCGGAUCGUCGGUCGUCGCGGGUGUUAUUUGUCCGACCGGACGCGGGGGAGAGGCGGAAGAAUACUUAAAAAUAAUGUUUGGAAGAAUCGGGUGGACGGCCGGAGGCGGCGGUCUUACAAUCUUUUCGUCUUCGGCCGUCCUCUUUUGUAGGCCGGGCCCGGCCGUUAUGGAAAAUAAAAUGUUGUUAAACCAUUAAUUGUCUGCGAAUUCCGUCGGCGGAGAUCGCCUUUCGACCCCGCCCCGAAAUUUUCGUCUUUUUUGUUUUUCGCGCGGCGGAGGCCGGACACGGUAAGAAAUCGGGAAAAAGGCGCUGGGACCGAAAGAAAAAGGGUCUGCGGAGGGAAUCUCCGGAGACGGAAAGAAAUCCGCCGAAUUUCGGGUCUCCGGGUAAACGGUAUUUAUUCGUAUUCGAGUGUCCGGUUUUAAAAAAUAAAUUAAAAUUGUCGGGCGCGAAAAAGCGGAAGUUUAAAAGUAGUGGCCGGGCCGUCGUAGCCCCGCCUUUAAUUUUUCCCGAUAAUGUCUCCUAUUAUUUCUCCGUCCCCUUCUGUUUAACGUCGAUCGAACAUUAUUUUAUGUUUUAUGAAAAGCGCGCAGAUUUGGCAAAAUAUCAUUAACCCAGUCGGCCGAUUUCCUUAUAUUUGGUCAGCGAAAAAUCGUCUCCCAUCGCCUUUUCCGGUUAUUCGCGGACCGCGCCGAAGAACGGCACUACCGGACGUAAUUACAAAUUUCGUUCGGUCGCCUUGCGUCGUCCGUUCCUCCGGUAAUCGAAAACCCUAAUUACGUUCGAACCCUAAUCCGUUGGCCCUACGGUAGGGCCGGCUCCGCCCGUAGGACGAAUCGGUCGGGUGAUAUUUUGCGGUAAACGGCCAAUCCCCGGUUACGAUUCGUCUUAUUUAACGACAUUCCCGACUUUAGAUGGCUUUUCGUCAGUAUCGGCGUAAUCGUCCGCGGUUAAUUUCGUGGCGUCCCGGAAAACGGUACCGAGCUUAAAGUCGGGAUCGGAAGUUAGCGUUUUGGUCGAUAUAAAGAUUCCGGGUGGG